GCUGGGACGCCGGAAAGGACCAGUGGUCCUAGCCCGGGAGCGGCGGUUGUGCUUGCGGCCGCUGGCAUCAUGUCCCGCGUCUCGGUGCCAUGCCAUGUGAAAGGUACCGUGGCCCUGCAGGUGGGCGACGUACGGACCUCCCAAGGCCGGCCUGGCGUGCUGGUCAUCGAUGUCACCUUCCCCAGCGUCGCGCCUUUCGAGUUGCAGGAGAUCAUGUUUAAGAAUUACUACACAGCCUUUCUGAGCAUCCGUGUUCGCCAGCAUACCUCGACACAAACACCAGCCAAGUGGGUGACCUGUCUACGGGACUAUUGUCUGAUGCCUGACCCACACAGUGAGGAGGGAGCCCAGGAGUAUGUAUCGCUGUUCAAACACCAGAUGCUAUGUGACAUGGCCAAAGUACUGGAGCUACGCCUGAUUCUGAGACAACCAUCACCAUUGUGGCUGUCUUUCACAGUGGAGGAGCUUCAGAUCUACCAACAAGGACCAAAGAGCCCCUCCAUGACCUUCCCUAAGUGGCUCUCCCACCCGGUACCUUUUGAGCAGCCUGCUCCCCUCUUGGAGGGUCUCCCAGACCCCAGCAGGGUGUCCUCCGAGGUGCAGCAGAUGUGGGCGCUGACAGAGAUGAUCCACGCCAAUCACACCUCCACAAGGAUCGGCCGCUUUGAUGUGGAUGGCUGUUACGACUUGAACUUGCUCUCCUACACUUGAGCUGUGGCUCUUAGCCAAGAUGUUGGCCUUCCAUGCCCACCCAGGACGGGUUUGGGCCACCAGAGGAUGAAGUGCUUUCCCUGGGGAUUCCAAGUGUUGCCUGCAUGCCCAUUCUGUCUGGGCCAUAUCACAGAUUCAAGAUUCUUGGGGGCUUACUGUUUUACUUCAGCAUGAAUUCCCAGUGGGAGUACACUUUGACCUCACUGAACUACAGUUCAUCUCUUCCUCCUAUCCUAAAAACCCUCCAGUCUGCUUACCAAGAAUUUUCACGUGUCCUCUGCCCCUCCUACCAACAUGCACACCCUGUCUUCUGCUUGUUCCCCUCAUCCUAAGUGCAGCGGGCUGGGUGACCGGUUAGCACCUGCUUGGUCUACCUACCAUUGGGAGGCUGCAGUAGCCAUGCCACUCUGGGAGUUUGGAAGCUUGAAAGAGAAAAGAAACCUCAUUUCUUCCUUCUUUCCCUUCAUGUGAUACCCACACAAAAUUCCUAUCUAAACUUCUGCUGCAUGUGUAGGGAUCAAAGCUAGGGAUUUGGGUGACAGAAUCCUGAACUGGCUUCCCAGAUGACUUUUCAGAUAGCCCACUUGUUGGCAGUUGCCUCUGGCAAGACUGAGGCCAGAGACCUGUCUGUCAUAUGACACAGCCCAAAGCACAUACUGUCCUUUCUCCUAAUUGCCUGCUUCUAAGAGUCAUGCUUAGAGCGAAGAGGGAUGAACUUUUGGGGGUGGGGGAGGGGAGGCUGAGGGGGUCCAGAUGAAGGGUCUCAUUGGUAUCUUUUAAAAGACUGAGUUUCUCUACAACCUCACACCAGCCACUGAAUAAGGCAGAUUAUUCUUUCUUACAAGAAAAUCCUGCUUCUCUCAGGGUUUUGCUGGCUUUGUUCCUAGGAGCUAUUAUGAAGCAGUACUGUAACAUGUAUUGGACCCGGACAAUUGCACAUUGUGUGACUGAACACACAAGGCCUGGAGGAAGGGCAGCUACCUUUUGGGCACCCUUUUCUGUCACCAAUGAGUAUCACUGCCUGCCUCUGCCUGGUCAUUUACUUAGCCUCAUUCAGCUUUUGCAGAGGGAAUAAUGACUAGUCCAGUGCUCAGGGAGCAGGGGCCCUCAGUGUGCGAGCGGGAGGUCCCUGGGAUGGCAGGGACUGGACUUCAUUCAGCUGUGUCCUCAGCAUAGGGCCCAGUGUGCAGCAAGAUCAAUAAAUACUUGUGGAAUGCAU